AUGGCCCAGAAGAAGCUUAAUGGCAGGAAGAAGGCGCCUUCCAAGGCCGCCGAAAGCCCGAUUCUCACGACUAACUCGAUGACACAGCGAAAAGUCAAGCUCGUUACCGAGCAAAACAUCAUCGACAAGCCCUCUCCGGUCGAGGAUUUCCCCAUGCGAAAAUGGAAUAUCGUUCUGUACGUCAUCGGCGAGGACGGCGAGGACCACCCGGCCGACUGCUUCCAGAAGGUCGUCUACAACCUCCACCCUUCGUUCGAGAACCCAACACAGACCUUCAACAAGGCCCCUUUCAAGUGCGAGAACGAAGGAUGGGGUGAAUUCGACAUGACGAUCGAUUGUUACAUCACGGAGAAGUCCAAGCAGUCCAUCCAGCACGACCUGAACUUCGCCAAGAACCGCUACGAGGCCGUACACACCGUCUCCUUCAAGAACCCAUCUCAGGCGCUUCAGCAGAUCCUGCGCGAGACGGGUCCUCUCCCGUCGGACGACGAUCGCCUGAAGAAGAAGGGCGGUGCUGGCAAGAAGGGCAGCCAGAAGUACGACUACGAGAAGAUCGCACAGGCUCUCGAGAAGCUUGAGGAGGACGACUUGCUCCGCGUCAUCCAGAUUAUUAACGACAACAAGACCGCGGACACAUACAUCAAGAGCGAUGUUGAUGGUGAGCUUAUGCCUGCUUCCCCUACUACGAAUCUCAUGGCUGCGGGCGAGUUUUCGAUUGACUUGUACACCAUGUCGGACUCGAUGACCAAGCAGCUUUGGGAUUACCUGAGCAAGAAGGGCCUCGUCAGCUAG